AACAGGGCCAAGUGUCGCUCAGUCCGACCCACUGCUGAGGCACAGAGCAGCAAACAGCAAACAGCAAACGACCGCCGAUCCAGAUAUAAAGCCAGUUCUGUUCCUCUGGCCGUCGGAACUCUGCUGGGUUCGCCUGCACUUUUGGUAUCCUUUCGUCGCCGGCAUCCCACCCCAGCAUGCUCAGGGCCCUCUCCUGCUGUUUUGGAGGGUCCACAAACCCCUCCAAGGACCAGAAUGUCUCUGCCUCCCAGCAGCCAACGUUUCGUCCUCAGCCCGAUGCCUUUGGCCCCUGGCUCCAUCCCGUCGAGCGUCUCGUCAGCAUGGCUCGCGACGAGCCCGAUGCCCUCCUGAUCAACACCUACGAGAGCGGCGCCUCAGAGCGAUAUACCUAUCUGCAGGUGUGGAAGCGGGCCUAUUCCAUCGCCCAGGCUCUCAAGGCUCUCCCUGGCUGGGACGACGACGGCCACGAGGUCAUUGGCGCUUUCUGCGAGGCCGAGGCCAACUGGAUUUUCUAUUCGUUUGCUUUGUGGAUUCUCGGCAAGAAAUCGCUCUGCUUUGGACUCAACCUGCCCCCUGCUGCCCGCAAGGCUCUUUGUCAACGACACGGAAUCAAGUACAUCCUCUUCCAUCACACCAAGCCUGGUCGCACCGAAGGCGUCGAGCUUGUCGAUGGCUCGGUCUUUCCUCUCAUGGACGAAGUUCCGGCUCCCUCGCUGGCAGCCUGCGAGCCUCUCGAUGAGUUUGUGACCUAUGCGUGCACAUCAGGCACAACGGGUGUUCCCAAGACUUACAAAGCCACACACUCGGGUGCAGCAGCCGGCCGCGCGACACUGGGCUCGCGCUAUACAAGCGUGGCUCUUUCUCAGUGUCCGUCCUUUGGAACCACCAAGGCCCUGAUGUACAACACGAUCAAUAUGAAAGGCUCGCUGUGGAUCCCAAAGCCCUCGCCAAACACGCUGGAGAAAGUGCUCAGCGUCAUCAAAAUGAUGGAUGAUGGCCUCCAGUACAUGUUCCUGACCCCGUCGUUCAUGAAGAUGAUCUUUGGGGUGGCCCUUUCACGGACACCUUCUGUCCAAUGGAAGAGCUUGAAACGAGUUGGCUUCGGAUCGGAGCUUGUUCCGCCCUCCCUCGUGCAGCAGGCCAGGAAUCUCUGUCCAAACGCAGUGCUGUUUUGUGCUUAUGGAUCGAGUGAGUCUGGCUUGAUAGGUGGUAUGGCGCUGCUACAUAUCCUUCCGUCACAGGAGACUCCGAAGAGACUUGUCUACAAGCUGGCCAAACCCGGAAUUCGCUGCCUUCUCUUUGACGAGGAGGGCAGCAUCGUCGACCAGAGUGUCUCGAAGAGCGGCGUCCUCGUCUUUGCCGUCGACAAGGACCAUCCCAUCAAAGAUCACCCGAGCUUUGUCAGUGCAAAUCCGAAUGACAAGCUCGCCUCAUUUGGUUUCCUUGAGGACGGCUCGCCCCGUGUCUGCACCAUGGACUGGGUCGAGAUGGUUGGCGAGAAAGAGUUCACUGUGGUUGGAAGAUUCGACCAGAAGAUCAAGGUCAACGGCGUCUAUGUCGACCUCAACGCCCUCGAGGAGUUGGUUCUCCAGCACAUGUCCAAGACCAUCAGCGACUGCAUUUUCAUCCAGACCUCCGAGCUCAAGAUUGUAAUGCUGUAUGUCCCUCGGAAAGGAUCCAACCCGAAUGUUACCCCUGGCGAGACGAUCGGAUAUAUCGAGGACUUGUUUGCGCUCAAGAACGUCGCCAAGUUCCCGAUCCACAACUGCUUCGAGCUCGACGAGUUCCCCUUCAACGACUCGGGCAAGCGUGACCUCAAGAAGCUCAGGCGCAUCGCCGAGGAUGCCGACAGCUUUGGCAAGUCGGUUGUCUAUCCUCCCCUGAAACUCGCCAACACUCCCCUGUCUCGCACGGCCGUCAAGAUCUCGGCGCUCGGCAGCCAGAUCCUCGACAUUGCCGCCCUCGACGGCCGCAACUACUACAUCGGCGGUGUCGGCUUUGACUCGCUGAGUGUCGGCCGUCUGGCUCUCGCCAUCAAGGACGAGUUCAAUGUCGAGAUCUCGCCACUGAUCCUCCUGUCGAACGCCAUGACACCGACUGAUGUUGCCCAGCUGGUCGUCGACAUUCUCGACGACAGGCCGAUGAUUCCCCCGACCGUCCAUCUGGCUGCCGAAGCCGCCAAGCUCGACGAUGCGAGUGUGACGGCCGAGGGUCUCCCUCCGUUUGUCUAUCCCAAGGACCCUCGCGGCAUCGUCCUGACCGGUGCCACUGGCUUCCUCGGUGCCUUCCUGGUCUUUGAGCUGGCACACAAGUUCCCUCGGGCCAAGAUCAACUGCCUGGUCCGAGCCCCGACCGAGCAGGCCGCCAUCGACCGCAUCAUCAACACGGCUCAGAAGUUGGUCCUCGAUCCGAGCCAGAGAGCCUUCCUUGACCACAACCUCAAGUCUCGACUCGUUGGACUGUGCGGCAACCUGUCGCAGGACAAGUGGGGACUCUCGGACGAGCGAUGGAAGGAGAUCAGCGAGGAGACCGACAUGAUUGUCCACAAUGGCGCCGAGGUCCACUGGCUGUUUGACUAUGACAGACUCAGGGGACCCAACGUCCUCGGCACGGCGACGGCCCUGAGACUGGCCACAACCCACCACCUGAAGCCGCUGCACUACAUCUCGACCAUCGGCACGAUCCCGAUGGCCAAGAAGGCAGACAAGCCGCUCGAGGAGACGAUCUACUCGGCCUGGAACAUCUCUGGCGGGUAUGGCCAGACCAAGUGGGUCUCUGAGCAGCUGGCCAACAAGGCAAGAUCGAGGGGAGUGCCGGUGACCAUCAUCCGCCCAGCUGGCAUCGUCGGCGACAGCCAUUACGGAGUGUCCAACACGGAUGACUACAUCUGGCGAUAUGUCAAGGGAUGCAUUCAGCUCGGUGUUGCUCCCUCGCACGCCACUCUCGUCACGAUGACCAUGGAUCCCGUCGACCAUGUCGCCAAGGUGGUUGCCGAGAUUGCCGGCUCGGAGGAGUCCCUGUCCAAGUUUGUGUUCCACAUCAGCGACUCGGAGCACAGCAUCAUCACCGAAAAGCGCGUGUUUGAGAUCGCGAAUGCUUGUGGGUGGCCGGUCCUGUUCGACACCCGCGAAAAGUUCAAAGCUCUCCUCGAGGCCAAUCCUUCGCUUGAAAACAACGCCCUGUUCCCGCUCAUGCACAUCAUGAUGGACAUGUCCUUCAAGGUCGACAACGCCAACACCCGCUCGAUCUACCCAACACCCUGUCCCUCGUCAGAGACGAUCGUCAAAAAGUGUCUCAACUACCUCUAUCACGCUCGCUUCUUGGGCGAGCCAAAGGUCCCGUCAAGCGAACUCAAGGACGAAGAGUACCCCGAAGUCAGCAUCUUCACCCGCACCGGCCGCCGCUGAUCAGCAGGCGGUGAUUCGGCAAUGAUUCGAUGGGUGGUUCUUUCACAUUCCUUUUUGUAUGAGUGUUGUUCUUUGUGAGGGUGCCGUA